AUGAACGCUACCAAACGAAAGUUCAACGCCCUUAUUCAGGGCAUGGGCAGGUCAUCGGCGUCUACAAAGUCAAACGACUCCGCCAGCCUGCCAAAUGAGUCACCUCGUCCAUCCACGACGUCCCUUCAGCCUACCGAUACAAAUUCAUCGACCGCGACGACCGCGAUGAUGACGACGACGACGACGACGACGAACGUGAACAACACCAAGACCAGCAUGUCGAUUGACGAAGACAUACUGCUGAAGCGCCGGCGCUUGCAGGCACUGACGGAGAAGAACGCUGCUACGAUCAAGAGUUCACCUUCCAUCCGUGCAACAGGGCCAGGAACGACAAUCACAAACGUUGUGCUGAAGAAGUGGACGCCCAACUCGUCCAAGGUGAUAGAGGUUAAGGUUGCAUCGAAAUUCGCGCCGAGCGACCGAAGCGAGCUUCUGAAGAGGCUGGCUUCGUUCCAGGAGAUCACAGACUGGACGCCAAAGCCUGACGCGGUGAACGAAAUCGAAUGGGCCAAGAGGGGAUGGGUAUGCCAGGGAAAAGAUCGCGUGCGGUGUACGCUGUGCAACAAGGAGCUCGUUGUGAAGCUGAACAAACGCGAGGUCGAUGGCAAGGAGGUGCCGGUUCUCGUCGCGUCGGAUGUCGAGGAAGCGUUAGUCGACAAGUACUCGGACCUGAUUGUCACUGCACAUACGGAAGAGUGCUUAUGGAAAAGACAGGGCUGCGACGAUUCACUUCUUCGAUUGUCUCUGACCAAUGCCAAAAUUAGUAUGGAGGCAUUGCGACACCGAUACGAUGAGCUGUGCGGAAGGAAGCCCUUUCUUCCCUACGAGUUCAAUCUGAGGCUCCCUGAGGGUCUCGACAUUGACAACGUUCUGUCUCAAUUACCCGACGACUUCUUCACCAAUCCGCCACCGGCCAAAGACUCUCCGGACCCAAAACAAGCCAACAGAGUCGCACUGGCUUUGGCCUUGACAGGGUGGCAAGGCCUCACAAACCCUCGUAUUGGCGCGGUGCCGAACUCGGCGUCCUGUCAUACGUGCUUGCGGCGGCUAGGACUGUGGAUGUUUAAAAGUAAGGAGGUCAAUGCCGACGGCGAAAUUCUUGUCCCCGCGCCAAUGGAUCAUCUUGAUCCCGUCAAAGAGCACCGCUUUUUCUGUCCGUGGAAGAACCCGAGAACGCAACGCCUGGGCAGCGCGAAGCCUGGCUCCGAAUCGGAUAUGGCGGCGUGGAAGUGCCUGGCACAGGUGCUCAAGAACGACGCUUACCUACGUGGAGCGCUCGAUGAUCGCCCAAAGAACAGGUGGCACAGCAGAGGCGCCUCGGUACCAUCAACGCCGGUGCGCAGGGGUGUCGUGCCGCCCUUGACACCAGGGGGCUAUGACUCGCCAAGUGCCGCCUCAGAGCCGGGAGGGGACGACGAUGAGAAGGCCCGGGACGCAAAAGACAAGGAGCGCUGGGCGCGUCUGCGAAGGGUGAAGAGUCUCUUCGAGUCGAAGAACGCGAAGAAGAUGCGUCGGCAGUUGAGCAGACCCGGAACGGCACAAUCGACCGUCUCGGGGGCCGCAACGGGGGAUAAGGACAAUUUCAGGCUGGGGGAGGAGAGCGGCGACGACAACGACGACGACGACGACGACGACUGA